GGAGUUGAUAAUGUAAUGGAAGUUAUCGACAAAGAAGACAGUAGAGGGUAUUGGGAUCUUGUUUGGAAUCCAUCAGAUCGAGAUUCUGGCAUAUAUCAGAAAGUAUACGGAACAGAAUUUGAAGUAUUGAAGGGAGAUGCAAACCAUGUUGAGGUCUCUUUCAGAACACAAUGGGAUCCCUCCAACCGAGGCAAGCUUGUGCCUUUAAACAUCGACAAAAGGUUUGUAAUGUUGCAAGGCAGCUCAGGCUUCUACACCUACGCCAUAUAUGAACACCUUCAAGGCUUGCCUGACGUCAAUCUAGGAGAGACCAGGGUGGUUUUCAAGCUUAGAAAGGACAAGUUUCACUACAUGGCCAUUGCAGACAACAGGCAAAGAAUCAUGCCAAUGCCUGAUGAUCGCGGGGAAGGAAGGUCAGAAAAGUUAGGAUACCCUGAAGCAGUCCGACUCACUGAUCCAAUCAAUGCAACCUUGAGAGGGGAGGUGGAUGACAAAUACCAGUAUUCCUGUGAUAACAAGGACAGUAUGGUGCAUGGAUGGAUUUCUUCUGAUCCUUCCGUAGGGUUUUGGGUGAUCACCCCAAGUAAUGAGUUUAAGUCAGGAGGGCCUGUGAAGCAGGAUCUGACAUCUCAUGUUGGUCCUACCGCCCUUUCUAUGUUCGUGAGCUCUCAUUACUCCGGGGUGGACACUGUGCCUAAAUUCAGGAACGGAGAAUACUGGAAGAAGGUGUUUGGUCCUGUGUUCAUAUAUCUUAAUUCUGCUCCGGACAAAUCGGAUCCAAAGCUUCUCUGGGAAGACGCCAAGAAGCAGAUGCAGGUUGAAGUGGGGAAGUGGCCGUACGAGUUUCCUGCUUCAGAGGACUUCCACAAGAGCGAGAAGAGAGGCUCUGUUUCUGGUAGACUACGUGUUGUAGACAAGUACAUCAAUAAGGAAUACAUAAAUGGGAAUUCUGCUUUUGUUGGUUUGGCUUCACCAGGAGAAGCAGGAUCUUGGCAGAGAGAAAGCAAGGGAUAUCAGUUCUGGGUGAGAGCAGACGUUGACGGCAACUUCGUCAUCAAGAACGUAAGAACUGGAGUGUACAACCUUUACGCAUGGGUUCCUGGUUUCAUUGGGGACUACAAAUCUAGUGUAAACAUAACCGUGACGUCAGGAAAUCACAUCAAUCUGGGUAACCUUGUGUAUAAUCCUCCAAGAGAUGGGCCAACCUUGUGGGAGAUCGGCAUUCCCGAUCGCUCCGCCGCGGAGUUCUUCGUCCCAGAUCCUGAUCCUAAAUAUACCAACAGACUCUAUGUGCAUCAUCCUGAUAGGUUCAGGCAGUAUGGGUUGUGGGAGAGAUACGCAGAUCUGUAUCCUGCUGGGGAUCUGAACUAUACAAUUGGUGUCAGUGACUACAGGAAAGACUGGUUCUACGCACAAGUUACCAGGAAGGAUGGGCAGGGUUCCUAUCAGGCAACUACAUGGCAGAUAAGGUUUCGACUCGAUAGUGUGCGUCGGAAUGGACCUUACAAGCUUCGAGUGGCGCUUGCGGCUUCGCAUCUAUCUGAGCUACAAGUUCGAUUCAACAACCCAAGAGUGCAGCCUGCACACUUCACGACAGGGCUAAUUGGGAGAGACAACUCGAUCGCCCGACACGGAAUCCAUGGGUUGUACUGGUUGUUCAGCAUCGAUGUGGAGAGCAGUUGGCUUCUUAAAGGCGACAACAUCAUCUUCUUAACCCAGACGCGAGGCCAAAGCCCUUUUAAUGGAGUCAUGUACGAUUACAUCCGAAUGGAAGCUCCCGCAGGCACUGUCGCAAGCACGGAGGACGUUGCUUAA